AUGGUAACCAGAACGGUACUUCGAUGCCUGGCUUCGAAAUCAAGAGCCAUUAUCUCUGAUCUUAGAGAAGGUGUAAAGAACGGAGCAUUCGUAGAAAACGUGAAGUCCCAGCAUGGUGUUCGUCUAGAAUCCCUUGACCAAAAACUGGAUGAAGCUGAUCGGUGCCGAUCAAAUUCCCAGAGCACUGUCUCGAGUUUACCGGAAACACUUGCGGAUCGAGUCCUCUCUCGUGACUGUCGUUUCGUCCGGGUUGGGUCAUCUGUGAAUGGGCUUUCUUCCGACAACUCAGAUAUAGAUUUGGUGUUUUUCCCUACUGAUGACUCGCGCAGGCGAUCAUUCCUCAAAGAUUUUCAUGGGAAUGGUGAUUUCAAAAUGCAGUUCAUCACCGCCGUCUCCAAUGUUGUUACUCGCGAGUUUGCUAACAUGGGCAAUCCUGUUGAGAGCAGUGUGAUUCUCCAUAAUUUACGGGUACCUCUUCUGAUUGUACAUCUGCAGAACGGACAAAAUGUUGAUAUUCAAUUUUCUGACGAGCACUUUCAAGCGAUCCGAAACACAAACCUCAUAAGACUUUAUGUCCAGGCGUGUACAGGGUGUUUUCAGUUUCAAUCCGCAAAACGGCAUUGUGAAAAACGAUUUCAGUGCGACCAUCGGUUAUCUCGACUAUUCCUUUACCUUCGAAUGCUGUUUGAUGCUCUGGAAAUCCGUGACAGCAAAUACGGCCUUCUGUCUUCCUAUCACAUCUUAUUACUGGCUGUUCAUUUCCUGCAAAGUGAACAGGCUCUCUUUCCAUGGCCUGUGUUGCCCGUCUUAUACAAAACUCACAAUAACCUUGUUGGUGCACACAUCCCUAUCGGAGAAGUCGUCGCAGCUUUGGAUGCUCCUCAGAAACCAAUUGGUUUGUUGCUUUGA